AUGAUUAGAACAGUAUUAUGGUUAUGUUUUAAACGUAAUUUUUGUGUUGAAUUUUAUUUGAAUUUCAUCUUUAAUUUAUUGUAUUUGUCACAAAUUACAAUUUUCUCAGAAAAUUCGUCCAAACUUUUGUCAACACUUUCAGAAUUGUCACAUCUUAGAUUUUCAGUUGGCUCAGAUUUUUGGUGGGGAGGAUUCAAAUUGAUUACAAUAUCUUUCGUAAUGUUGUUCUUCACACACUCUUUAGCUAUCUCAACAAUCUUGGUAGUUGCUCCUGAAACUGAGAUUUUAAUAUUUGCGCAUCUCGGGUUCGAAAUAGAUCUGAGCAAGUCAUUAAAUAUACUGCCUGCAUCCUCAAUGCCUGCUACUCAGAUUUUAGUUUCAAUUUUUCUAAGAGAAGUUUGGUGUUCAAGCAGAGAGAUCAAGCUACAGAUUGAAUCUUUACCACUGAUUUCGCAGUUUACUUUUAGUUUUUGGAGACUCAGGCUUUGUAAAAUUUCGAAAGAUGUGAGAUUGUGUUGUUCUUGCUCUUCACUUUGUGCUUGCUCAUCACUUUGUUCUUGCUCAUCACUUUGCUCUUGCUCAUCAUUUUCAAUCUCCCAAUCUUCUAUCUCGACUCAAGCUUUUAUUGACUCUGGUAAAUUUUGCAGUAUUUCAUGAGUAUCUGCUCGGCCAAGGGCAUAAGGAUCCAUCUUCAAGACCAAAUCUGACAAUUUCUGAAUCGACCCUGCAGAGGCUAUUUGACUGAGGGUGUAAAAGUCUCAGGUGAGAGAUGUAAUCUCAUCCACUGGGACAGAGAUUUGUAAAUCUUCGGAAGAAGAUUUAUGCUCCUCUAAGUCAUUGCAGAUGGUUUUGUCAAUCAAUCAUCCUUUAAAUUCAUUUGCAAUUGAUCUGAAUAUUAAACAUUUUUCAAGAUGAGCUUCUCUCGAUGUUAAUAUCUUACUUUCCUUAAAUUUUGUGCCACUAAUGGAAGACUAUAAUAACCUUUAACCACAGAUUUUGUUUCUCAAACUUCUAAUUAAACCAAUAUUCUAUCACAAGUAAUUCAUCUCUACUCGAAGUCUGCAGCAUCUAUAACUCUG